UGCCUCUCAGGAAGCAGCAGCAGCAGGUGGUGGGUAAAAGCUCUGGCGACGCCCCGGUUCCCCUACCUCCAUCCGCGGCUCCUCCACCAGGGCUGCAGCUUCUGUCUUCUCCGGCCAAUGCAGCCUCCUACCCUGCCACGGUGCCUGGCUGGUCGGAGAAGCCCAACUGCAGCUAUUGGGAUGACAACUGGGACAG